UUAUAUAAAUAUCUGUGACUGUAUUGCUUAUUUGUUUCAACGCUUUUAGCAUGGCGAAUGUAAUUGAUAUUUUGUCUAUAUUUCUGUUGAUUCAAGGAUCACGGGCUUUUAGUGUGGCAUCAAGAGUGGACAGUAACUUCAUAACCCAAGGAGCAGAUGCUUUUCCAGGACAAUAUCCAUAUCAAGUAUUAAUACUGCACGGCGUGCCCCCAAUCGUCAAGGAUAUACCACUCUGUGGUGGAUCCAUUAUCAACAACCAAUGGAUUCUUACUUCCGGCUAUUGCGUAACUUCCAUCCCGAAAAUUGGUAGGGCUAUAGUCAAAGUCGGUAAGCACGAACUACGCAAGGAUAGCGAAUUCGUUCAGACGUCUGAGGUUCUCUUACGCAUUAUUCACAAGGAGUAUGGGGGAUUCUUCAAUUCCAUCAAGUCGCAUGAUAUCGGCCUAUUGAAGCUAAAGACUCGCCUACGAACAAAUAACCGGGUGCAUCCCGUUAAGCUACCUAAAAAUAAAAACGAUGCGAAAGGCAUCGGCAUUCUCAGCGGCUGGGGUUCUGUUUCAAAAAAAAUCAUCAUCAAUCUACCCGAUGUCUUGCAAUUUGCUAAAAUACCCAUUAUCAAACAAAGCAAUUGCGAAGACGCGCUGAGAGUAGUUGCACCCAUAGAAUCAAUUAGCGAUAUUCAAUUCUGCUCUGGGCCACUCGAUGGGAGAAUUUCUGCUUGUAUCGGUGAUUCUGGUGAUCCACUAGUUCAAAAAAUAAACGGGUCAACUGUUCAAAUCGGAAUUGCAUCUUGGGCGCCGUAUCCUUGUGGUGGGACGGGUUCACCCACUGUCUACACUCUGGUUUCUGCUUUUGUCGAUUGGAUUAACGAAAAAAUUGAAGAAAACUAAUAAUUGGAAUUAAUUUAAUUUGUGUUGAAUGAACCAGAACGAAACUGUCUGAUUUGUGUGUAACAUGCCUGACUUUCAAUUUCGAUUAUACUUAAACAAAUAGAGAAUUUAUAAAUUCGAUUUAUCUAUAUUAACCAUGUUAUCAUUAUAUAAAGUA